UUUUUUUUUUUUUCCCGUCAGGCACGAACGGCGUUACGUCGGAAAGAGAGCAGCGAGUUUAUUAGCCAGUAAACCCCACUAUUAUUCAGCUCCAAACAGAUAAUAAUAACGCGAGAGUUUGCAAGUUGCUUGAAGACUCCGCUGCUGGGCUGCAACUGUCAAAGGUGGAGUGGAUAACAGCGCGUGACCCAACAACACAUUACUGCCACACUGUGCACGGKCGUCGAGGUAAAACCCGAAUAAAAAAGAGACGAAAUAAUCCCGAGGUAAGGCACCGAGGAGUGUGGCAACAAAUAAUAAUAAUAAUUCAAAAUGAARCAACAACCGAGCGAGACUCGGUGACGCUGUCGGUUUUUCCAUCGCUUCGUUUUGUUUUUACCGACUGUGUCGAAGCCGUCGAAAUUACUGCACUCAACAUAUUUUUGUGCCUCCCUUUCGCUUCAGCCAGCGCGAGGAUUUCCCCCCCACUCCUCCUUCGUAAUAAAGUCGCCAUUUUGCUUCACUGCUUGUACAAACUAUUCUAUUUUUUUUCCCCUGAAGGAGUCGGGGACCUGCCCGUCUUAUCCUGGCUGUCUUUUUUUUUUUUUUUUUUCCCGGAGUGUCUCUAAAGGAGAAGACGGAGGUUGGAGAAGCAGCGCCUCGUGGUUUACAUAUUAAUGCAGGAGAGGAGGAGGGGGGGCACGGCGUUCGAAAACUGGAAAUAAGGUGAAACUCUCCUGGAUUUGCUUUUUCGUGUACCGACAGGAAUUGUGAUUUCUCUGCUAUUUUUUUCCCCCGUCAACCUGGUCGUCGCAUGCGGGGGAAGAGAGAGAGAGAGAGAGAGUGUGGGGGGGGGGGGACACGUAAACGACUUGUCCGCUUCCUUUUAGGCCCCCCAGCCUGAGUCUGACCGGCUGUUGACGUACAGCAGGUGUGUUUGCCAUGUAACAUAACAGUGGUGGAAGAACGCCCACCCCGGUGCCUGUCUCCUGACCCUCUUCCUCCUCCUCCCUCACCGUGGGUGACCCGGGACCACCCGGCUCACACUGCUGAGUGACUGCCCCCACAGCUCAGGCAUGGAUAGCCCCAGUGGCCCCAGGCUCGGGAAGCUGUCCUCAUCGGGGCUGCCAAGGAGCCAAACCCUGAAGCUUGGACAUCCCCAGGAGUUUGUUAGAGCUUCUCCAGGCCCUGAAAACAACAACUUACACAGUUCAAUGUGUGAUGAACAGGCAGACGGGAAGAGGAAAGGUCGACCUAAAACAGAAACGCAGGAACUGAGAAACAUCCCUGCCCAUUUGAUAGUACAAUGGAAGGAAGAGUUUAAGCGCCGUUCCAGGGUUAAAUGUCCGUGUUCGGGAUGUUGGUUAGAGUUUCCCAGCAUCUACGGCGUCAAGUACCACUAUCAGCGCUGCCAGGGGCCCACUGUAGCUGAGAAGCUGAGUCAUGGCUGUCCUUACUGUGAAGCAGUGUUUGCCACAAAAGUCCGGCUGGAGAAGCACAAGUUGUGGAAUCACCCAGACAAAGUUAGUAAGGAACCCAAGGAAGACCACCCUAAGCUUCAUUCGCUUCCUGUCAAAUUCAACACAAAGAAAAGGCCCAUGGAGAACAGUCCUCCCUCCCCGGUGUUCUUCAAAGUGAAAAAGACUCACGAGGCGUCUACACCCUCUCAGAAUGGAGAACUGGCCCACCAGAAGAGCGAGAGGAGACAGCACAUCCAAAGCCAGCCUUCACAGCAGAUCCAUCAGUCCCAGCCAGCUCAGCAACAGUCACAGUCCCAAAGCACAUCAUCCGACGCAGGAGGAAGUGAAAGCGAAGGGGGCAGCCUUCCCUCUUCCUUUCAUGACGAAGACCCAGAGCGAAUGAAGCACAGGCGGAAACAAAAAACGCCAAAAAAAUUCACCGGUGAGCAGCCGUCUAUAUCUGGAACAUUUGGCUUGAAAGGCAUGACUAAAGUAGAAGAGAAGCUGAAAGCAGGUCGUGUGAAAAGACCAGAGGGAUGUGGUUUCAGUGAGGAGCCUCAGAGAAGAUCUACAUCAAGUCAGCUGUCCAAGAAGGAGUCAUCCACGGCGAACUCUGGUGGUGUUUCUGACAGUCAGUGGCAGCGAACAAUCUCAGAGCGAGGUGAAGUGGUGUGUCCAACCUGCUCCAUUGUCACAAGAAAGACAAUACAUGGCCUCAAGAAACACAUGGAGAUAUGCCAGCAGCUCCAGGAUGCCCUGAAGUGCCAGCAGUGUCAGAAACAGUUCAGGUCUAAGGCUGGACUCAACUAUCACACCAUGGCUGAACACAGCACCAAGCCCUCAGGGAGCGAAGGCCAGACGGGCAACGAACACGAGGAGAGGGAACGGCUGCUCCGAGUGCUCAAACAGAUGGGACGAAUCAAGUGUCCUAGUGAGCACUGUGGAAAAAACUACCGCUCCAAGGCAGGCCGAGACUACCACGUACGCACUGAACACCCCCCAACCAUCACCCCCACCUCAACCACCAACAACUACAAGGACGUCACUGACAUCAAUACUGGCAGGGAGAAGGCAGCCUCUGAGGAGUCUGCGCCAGGAGGAAAGAAGGAGCAAAACCCACCUGAGAGGAGGGAUUGGCAGGAAAAAGCACUGUCGAGCCAGUCCAAAGAGCGGGAGCUGGAAAAGAUGAAGGAGAGGCAGCAAGAGAAAGAAAAAGCAGCACAAAUAAAGAGCCAGGAGGACUUUGAAAGGACCCCCAGUGGCAGAGUGAGGCGACAGUCAGCUCAGGUGGCAGUGUUUCACCUGCAGGAGAUAGCAGAGGACGAGCUGGCCAAGGACUGGGGCACCAAGCGGCGCAUCAAGGACGACCUGGUGCCUGACAGCAAGAGGUUAAACUACACUCGUCCUGGCCUUCCCAACUUCAGUCCAGAGCUACUAGAAGCUUGGAAAAACCAAGUCAAGGAGAAGGGCUUCAUCUGCUGCACAAACACAAACUGUGAAGCUGUUUAUUCCAGUGUGUCUGGAUUAAAAGCCCACCUUGCCAACUGCAGCCAGGGUGGAGGUGAAAUGGGAAAGUACACCUGUCUGAUCUGUCAGAAGGAGUUUAACUCAGAGAGUGGUGUUAAAUAUCACAUCAGUAAGACACACUCACAGAACUGGUUCCGUGCUGCAACAAGUCAGAUGGUUUCUGGGAACAAGAGCAAAGUCCUGGACAACGACGAGAUUAAAGCUGAGGUGAGGAACGGUGCCACCGCCGGCAAGAAGAGGGGCCGCAAGCCUAAAGAGCGCCUCCUUAUGGACGAGCCUCUCCAAACAAAAACAGAAGCCCUCACCGCCGCACAGAACUCUAUCCCACCAACCGUGACCCCUCCCUCGGGCUCAGCACAGCCCCCAGCCUCGAUUUCUGACCCAACGGACAGUGAAAGCCCCGUCCACAACAGACAGCCUAUCCCUUCCGCCACCAGACGAAGCAAACCCAAAAGAAUCUCUUCGCCAGAGUAGCACUGCUUUUAUCAACCCUGGUGCCAGAGAGGAAGCUUACUGUAAAUGGUUUGCUGGGGGUAAAGCUAAAAGACCUUUCUAACUAAAACAAGAACUCAACACUGAGAAGAAAGCUGACUCAGCCAAGAAGUAAAAGAUCAAAUACAUCCUUUUAAAUCUUGGUUUGACACCCUAGAGCUUAGGUGUGCACUGGUAUACACCGUAAUCUCAACAGUAGUGUUUUAUUUCGCCAUUCCACUUUUGUCUCCUUUUAAAGGCACACAUUUCAGUUUCUGUACUCGCAGCAGUGUAGUCUGUAGCAAUUCAAGAUCCAAACCAGACUAACACACUAGUUUUUCAGCACCAGUAGGAUCCCAGCUAAAGAGUAAUUUUCACUGCAGCGUUCAAAGAUGUGUUUCAGAGGUUUUAAAAGAAAAUUCUAUUCGCAUGGUGAAGUCAUUAUAUAUUAGCUAGUGUUUUCUCAUGUUUUCUUUUCCCGCAGAUAUACUGUACGGUGUACAUAAACAGUAUCUAUAUCUAUAUAUCUAUAUACUCAAAGCAAUGAUGCCAUCUGUCAUUUUUAAGCCCGAUCCAUCCAACUGGCGCACAAGCAGUCAAAAAUAUUGGAGGGAGGGUGAGUUGUGGUGCAACGUUGUUUGAAGCGAUUGUUUCCCUUUUUGUUUUUUGUUUUGUUUUGUUUUGUUUUGUUUUGUUUUGUUUUGUUUUGUUUUGUUUUUUUGUAUGCAGAUGUCAUAUAAGCUAAUUGUUGGUUAUUUGUUAAUCAUGUUUAUUAUUUUUUUUCCACUGCUGUCAGUGAUACAAUUUUUAACAUAAUGAUAUCUGCUUUAACAACCAGGGAAACAAGUUAAAAAUAUUAUUUCCACACUUAAGUAGAAAAAAAAAUGGGUUGGUUGAGACGUUCAUCUGUAAGCUAUAAGUUGGUUACGAUAAUAUUUAAGUGAGACUGGUUUAAGAAAAACAAAUCUAUGUUGAGGCAUUAUAGGAUAUGUUUUUGCAAAGCUAAAUAUUUGACAGAAGGAAGGAUUUUGUGUGAAGGUUGUUGCACCGUUGCAGCACAAUCAGAAGAGAAAAUGUCACUAUUUUAAUGGAGAUCAUUACUUUGGCUCCUGCUCUACCUUGAAUCUAAGCUGAGGAGAGAAUAAAACAAAUGAUAUCUUUUUAUAGAAAGAUCGAGGAUAAUAAUCUUUUAUUUAACAGGGAAAAAAAUAAAUCAAAUUUUAGAUUUUCAGAAAAAUAAUGUAUAUAAAGAAUUUUCUGGAAGCUUAAAGUUAUUGCCUUGCACUUUAACCCUUUACCCUUCUUGCUCCUCUUUUGACUUUUUGCACUCUAGGAUUAUUCAAUCUAACCUAGUGGCUGUCUGGUACAGGAGCAGGAUUAUUGCCCUCUCGUGUAAAAGUUGUUCAAAACAGCUUUUUUUGUAAAGAGUCAAAUGUGACUAUGAUUAUAAGUUACCCCAGAAAGCCAUAACUGGUCUUGAAGACGUUUAAAUUGCUCUACUAAUGUUAGAUGUGCUUCAGAUUUGUUACAGGUAAAAAAAAUACUUAAGAUGAAAUAAUAUUUUGACUUUAACAUGUUUAAAGUAGAUAUUUGAGUCCACAGUUAUACUAAACAGACUUCAGCUAAUGGAAUCUCCAUAAGAAGAUGAUUUGUAUGUGCAGUUCAUGUCUAUAAAACRAUGACUUACUUGCUUUAAAAGAAGGGGAAAAAAGAGAUUGUGAAUCUAUUUUAUAUUCUACUGUGCGUAUUACCUAGAUAGCAAUCUGAUAGUUUUGAAUAAAAUUGUGAUGUGAGUAUAUUUUGGUGAGAUAAUAAGGGUGCUUUUACUCGCCACUUUACCUUAAUGACCUGAUACAACUCGCUUUCAGUCUAAUUCAACCAGUUGACCUUCUCACUGGCAAGUUGGGAUCGUUUUGCGCCAAAACAUCAAAGUCGUCGUAAAAAAAAUUUAAAUAAAAAAUCGAGCACUUAUGUCAAACGGAACCUUUUUUUAAGGAGUUCAAAGGUGGUUUCAGCCCAACGCUGUGACUUUUUACAGUGUAAAGAUCUGAGUCCCAGUUCCUCCAUUACCAAUCAGACAAUGGAGUUUAUUCAUGUUUCUGUUAGUGGGUUGRACCUUUUAUCGGAUAUCAAGGUUCAGAUGGGGAGCAGGAGAAGCACUGACUGGUCUGUGGAUGUUUUUAAUACGAGUUGUCUGGACUUUGUGUGUAUGCGUGCGUGCAUGUGUGUGUGACUGAAACAGUUAGCACCUUUUGUAAUGACUGGAUGUCAGAAAAGGUAACACUCGUCGCCGGGUGUUGCGCUGCGGCACAAAUUCAGUUCGUCAGCUGCUUGUUUCUCGUUUCAUGAACGACAUCGCGUCGACUGUGUUUACCCGACAAGCUUUGGUGUUGCAAUACGCUAGUUUAGCACUGCUUUUAACAGUGAAUAUUUUAUAUUUCAUCACACCCUUUACUAUUUGUCUUCCUAUGACGUGGAAAAACACAUGUAUCCCACAGUGAGCAAAAACUGCAACAUGUUUAGAAAGUACAGCAAUACACCAUAUUUAGCAGAUUUUGUUGGCUUGCUAAAAUUUUGAUAUUGAUGUGUCUCCUCAGAGCUGUAUGGCUGUUUUCUCUCCCCCCCCCCCCUACUUUUGUUUGCUUUGAAAACGCUUUUUACAUAAUAUAAAUCUAAACAAAAAAAGUAGACCACAAAGAACCUUGUAGGCCUAUGUGUUGGCGCACACUGUUAUUUUAUCCAUUUUUAUGAUGAUGCACAUAAAUUGAGCUUUUUCAGUACACAAUGGCAAACAUGUUGAGAGAGUCCUUUUAUUAUUAUCUAUUGAAUAUGGGGCAACAAGGCAUAUGUUUGUGUGUUUGUUUCAGUAUUAGUGCACUUACUAUAACAUAAAAUAGGCUUGAAAUAGGAGUGUUGUUGGAGCUUUCUAGUUACCUGGACUGUAUGUGGUGUGACUUUUGUACCUGGGGAAACAGGAGGCUCAAGUGUCUUCCCUUCGUCAGCAAUGUUAUAUCCAAAAUCAAGGUUUAUCCCUAGAAAUCCCCUGACCCGGCUCCUGAAGUUGACCCUUUUUAUUUGAACAACAGUGGUUCGUUUUKUAUGCUACCUACUUGAAAAGCAGAAACUGGCAUUUGGCUCUGUUGUGACGGAACAUUUGAGAGUUUUAUGAGAUGAUACUGCAGCUCCUAACUGUUUUAUGACACAUAGGCAACAGAUAAAAUUAGACUAAUUAUGUAUUAAAGGUUUCCUUAUCUGAAAUGACGCUGUAUAGUACCUAACACUGGGGGAAUUACCACCUCCUUUGUGUCUGAACUGUUACAAUUUUUCCCCCGAACUUGUUGUAUUACCUGUGCAUUAGUAUCCCUCAAAUAAUUAAUAAAAGUUUGUUGACUAAA